AUGGCAGCGCGUGUCCUCAGCCGAGGCCCCAGUGUUGUUCUGUCCGCUUUGAGAGGGCCAGCUUGGAGAUUGCCGGGCAGUUGCCCAGCCUCAGGUAAAGUCCUCGCCGGGGUGAGCAGUCGGCGGUGGAGCUCCCAACUGCCCCCUGGCGUCCAAGAUGGAGAGGCCCUGAGCUCAGUUACCAGCUCUGUGUCAAAGGGCAAGGAAGAAAAGGCCCCCGAGGCCCUGAACUCAGUUCCUGACUCCGUGUCAAAGGGCAAGGACGAGACGGCUUCCGAGGCCCUGAAAUCAGUUACCAACUCUGUGUCGAAGGGCAAGGAGGAGAAGGCUUCCGAGGCCCUGAACUCAGUUCCUGGCUCUGUGUCAAAGGGCAAGAAAAAAAAGGCUUCCAAGGCCCUGAAAUCAGUUCCUGGCUCUGUGUCAAAGGAGAAGAAAAAGAAAGGCUUAGAGGCUUCUGCUCAGACUGACCCCCCGAUGAACUAUGAUGAUCGCCUGAAAAUCGAAACUGUCAGGGAAGCAGUGGAUGUUUCGGGCGGGACUGCACCUUACAAGGCGUUAAUUUCCCCGGCUGGUGUCUUUUUCUACAAACAAGACGGUACUACUCCAUCGAAACAUCGAAACUUUAUGCCGCACACAUGGUUGAGAGACAACUGCCGUUGCCCCAAGUGCGUCAACCAGGAAACCAUGCAGAGAAGCUUCAACAUCUUGACAAGUCCCCUUCUCACCCCGCGGCCCCUUGAAGUCCAGACUGAGGAGCGUGGUGUCAAGAUCAUAUGGCCGCCUGAACGCCACGAGAGCUUCUAUGACUGGGCUUUCCUGGAGCACUACUUUGGGAACCACGCCAGGCUCACACGCCCCCAAAAUCGCGAUUUAUGGGGUGCCGAGAUCAAGGAGAACCCACCGACCGUGACAUACUCUGAAGUCAUGGACUCGGAAGAGGGCGUGGCCAAGAUGACCAGUCUUAUUAUGAAACUUGGGCUCGUGUUUGUCGAGGGCACGCCGUUCGACGACUCGAUCCACACAAAGAAGUUGCUGGAGCGCAUCGGCCCCAUCCGAGAGACGCAUUACGGCGGCUUCUACGAUUUCAUUCCAGACAUGGCCAAGGCAGACACGGCAUACACCAACAUAGCAUUGGCUGCGCAUACAGACACGACCUACUUCACAGACCCCGUCGGCCUACAAGCCUUCCACCUGCUGUCUCACACACCGGCCCCAGGGGAGACAGAGGCCACCGGGGGAGAGUCGUUGCUUGUUGACGGGUUUCACGCUGCCUCCAAACUAAAGUCAUCUGCACCGUCAUCGUUCAAGGAGCUGACCCAGAGAGAUCUCCCGUGGCACGCGAGCGGCAACGAGGGGGUCACUAUCACGCCGGACAGGCUGUUUCCAGUCAUUGAGCUGGGCCCUAAAGUCACGGUAACGAAGAUCAGGUGGAACAAUGACGACCGAGGCGUGGUACCUAUGAAGAAUACCAAGACUAAAUCAGGAAAAGUCAUGGCGUGGUACAUAGCUGCGGCCAAGUGGGAGAAAAUACUCAGGAGCAAGGAACUGGAAUACUGGUACCAGCUAAGGCCGGGAACGACGGUCAUCUUCAACAACCACAGAGUCCUACACGGCAGGAGCGCUUUCACAGGGCUGAGAAGAAUCUGCGGUGGCUACAUCAACAUGGACGACUUCGUGUCUCGCUGGAGAAACACGAACCUGCCGCGAGAACAGGUGAUGGCCCAGGUGAUUGGGUAGAUGGUGUCAGUCCGCAGGACGAAGGACGGCAAGGCUGCGAAGGAAGGCGGCCUCAGCUGUCUGCCUUGGGCCUUGGCGGAGCGGGAUGAACGAGAUUUAUGUCUUGGGACCAGUGUGACAAUAGGCGGUGGGGGCGAGGGGGGGGGGCAGAAAAGGGAGUAAGGGAGCCCUCGAUUGCAAGCAGUCUUGUCCAGUACAUACUUAUAUAGACUUUCAGAUGCAGAUCUUAUAUACAGA